GACCAAAACCUUAUCCAGAGAGAAUAUCUUUUCCCAUUUCUCAUCUCCCAUAUCACCAAUGUAAUCGAUAAAUUGGAUCUCGGUACCAACAUCCACAUUCCAUAGACUCAAUCAGAGACCUCCACAGAAACUCCUCACAAUACCAAUCCAUGGCAGCUUUGUGCUUUGCAACCUCCUUCCCAAUCCUAACACCCACCAAAAUCUCAGUGGCUACACUGCCGAGAUCUUCUCCAAAGAUACUACCACUACUAGAGAGUGCACAAGCCUCCCGUUGCCCAUCGAUCAAAGCAGCUUCUUCCACGGAUCCUUCUGCGGUUGAUUACAGUUCCACGAUCUCUGUCUUCCCUGCAGAGGCCUGUGAAACAAUAGGAGGAGAGGCUUGUGCAGCAGAAAUGUAUCCAGAAGCUAAGAUUAAAACAGAGGACGGCAAUGGUGUAGCCCGGACUGUUCCAGAGAUGGUUGACAGAGAUUAUGUCGAGUAUAAUGAGCCCAAGACGGUAUUCCCAGGAGAAGCUUGUGAUGAUCUUGGAGGAGAAUUUUGUGAACCUGAUUACCAGAAGGGAGUCUACUAAGUAGAGGGAGAGCCUUUUGCUAACAAAUAGGAGACUUCUCCCUGAUCCCCAGCAGCCAACAAAUUCCGCUCGUGUUAACACUUCUUGUGUUUUGGUGUAAAUGAUAUAUAUACUUAUGGUUGUUCAUCAACAGUCUCUUUGAACUAUGGGUCUUAAUUUUUAAAUUGAAAUCCUUAUGUGAAUUUUCUCA